AACUGGUCAGCCGACCGCCAUCCUUUCGCCUAUAUAUAUUUCAAAACCCCUCUAAACCCGCUAAAUUUUCAUUCUAAAAAAAAUAUAUAUAUAUAUAUAUAUAUAGUUGAGGAGCAUAGCAUGGAUUCAUCGGAACAUGGCUCUACCUCACCGAAGCAGCGGUUAACUGUCGGCCUCGUCGUUUCAUUCAAGGCUCUAUGGGCCAAGCACGCCGGCCGAGUUUCAAAAAAGCUGAAGCCAAAGCAUAAUGAGUUCGGCUCACUUUCCGAUUCUCCGAGAUCCUUGGCUGUGAAAUCUCCGGGACCGAAGCGGCUAUUGACGACGCUUAGCAACAAGGCGAUCAAGCUGGUGAACCGGAAAAAGGCCGGUGAGAAAACCGGGAAGGAAGAGGAGGAGAUCGGAGACGGCGGAGUAUGGCAAAGAGCGAUCCUGAUGGGAGAUAAAUGUCAGCCGCUAGAUUUUUCAGGUGUGAUCUAUUACGAUAGCAAAGGAAAUCAAGUGGAAGAGUUGCCGUUUCGUUCCCCACGUGCUAGUCCGAUGCCUGCUUACCUCACCUCAAAGAAGACUUUCUGUUAGGACACCGCUCAAGGUAGUUUGUAAACAAAAACUUUAUUUUUAUUUUUUUUGGUUUACGUUCAUCCUUUACUAGACUCGAAGGUAGUACGUGUUACGUUCUUAUAGGUGGUUGGGUGUCAAAAUUCAACUCUUUGAAUUGGGCCUUAAUUUUUGAAUGCAUUAUCAUGGGUAUUGGAAAACAAUAAAUUGGGACGCCCAUAUGGAAAUUAAUAUACUUGUGGAUUUACUGGAGUGAGUUAAGUUUGGCUCUAGUUUCUGUUUUUCUCCUCUUGGAGUAUAUAUGUAUAGUUACCUUUAUUAGAGGUAAAGUGAAAUUUGAAUUUGUUUACUUGACAUUCCAUUCAAA